UGUGCCCUGUUGAUCAGUGUAGCCCCAGCAGCGACACCUAUCAGUGCCCAUCUGAGCUGCCUUUCAGUGUCGCCCAUCAGUGCCAGUCAGUGCCACCUAUCAAUGCCAUUCAGUGCCACCUAUCAGUGUUGCCAAUCAGUGCCACCUAUCAGUUCCAGUCAGUGCCGCCUAACAGUACCAGUCAGUGCCGCCUAUCAGUGCCAAUCAGUGCUGCCUAUCAGUGCUGCCUAUCAGUGCCAUAUAUCAUUGCCAUGUAUCAGUGCUGCCAUUCAGUGCCCAUCAGUGAUGCCUGUCAAUGCCCAUCAGUGCCACCUACCAGUGCCUCCUCAUCAGUGCCACCUAUCAGUG